AUGUUCGCGACGGGCCUGCCACUUCUUCUGCCUCUAGAGGCGCCAGCAGCAGCAACAGCAGCAGCAGCAACAGCAGCAGCAACAGCAGCAGCAGCAGCAGGAGCAAGCGGCAGCGCGUUGGCUGUUAAUAACGGCGAGGGGCCCUUGGACUUUUGCUUCGACUUCUAUCUGCAGCAGCAGCAGGAGAUCACUGACGCAGCAAAAGCUGUUGUUGCAGCAGCACGGCUGCUGCAGCAGCAGCAGCAGCAGGAGGAGAAAGAGGAGGAGGAAGAAGAAGAGCAGCAGCUGCAGCAGCAGCAGCAGCAGCAGCAAGGGUGCAGCGAUAAGCAGCCGGGUUGGUUCUCGCUUUGA